CCAUCGCAUGCCGCUCGCCCCAAAAGAUGUAUCCAUCCCGGCCUCAGCACCUGAAGCCAUACUUGUCAGAAAGUGAAGUAUCGGACUCAGAACCGGAAUCCGAGACGUCCGAGACGACAUCCGAAUCCAUGCACACAACGCGAAUUCCGGGACUUGCCUAUCAUAAGGUCUUUCAGGAUGACAGCAGUCCCGACGGCGAGACGGCAAUCUCUUCCACAAGAUUCUCUGAGCCACCCCUCAAUGGCGACUCAAAGGAUGCUAGCCACCUUCCUCGCGUCGUAGUCACCAAGUACCCUCUCGAGAACGCCGGGUUUCGACCUCGCGGCGAGAGCGAACCCGAACCAAGCACCGGUUUGGACGAUGUUCCCAUUCGUCUACUUGAAGACUUCACGCUCUUCGAAGAGCAGUCACGCCAUAUGGUCUUAUUUGAAGAGGUGCUACAUGACCUCAAAAUCUGCAAUUCACCUCGUUCGAGCUACUCUGCAGCUGGGAAGGUCAUGGCAUACGUAGAGAACGACUCGGAAUCAGAUGACAUCGUCGGCGAGUUUCAGUGGCAUUCACUACAGCUUUCAACUAUCAAGGAAGUUUCUAUCCACGACAACUCGAAUGAUGGAGGACUUGACCCAAGGAUCUGGCUACGCACAUGUCACGCUUGGUAUAUCAUCAACAAACCUUCGUCCGAGUACCAAUCGUUUUUCAUGCCAUUCAAGAUCAAGCAUAGCAUCUGUCACGUUCUAGUGACUGCCGCCCAAAAUCCUGAGCUGAAGUACGAUGAAUUCAUUGCCCAGCUGAGUUCUAGCGAAGCUUCUGAAGAACUUACUUCUAUGCUCGGGCGGGAGCUCUCAAGCACUGACGUUGAGAAAGAUGAUACAGUGGCAUACCUGUUCUCGAUACUCAGCGGCAUGGAUGGUUCAGAACUGCCGGUGCAUUUUGGGCAAGUUCCCGCUGUGAAAUAUAUUCUAGGCUCUUCCUGGAGCUCCGAGUCAGACCCACUCAAUAACUCGAAGACCAAUCGCCCGCGAAAAUCGGGCGAUGUCGAAUCUGAAGUGUUCCAGAAUCGAAAUAGAACGACCGUAACAGCUGUUGUCGGGGGCUUGGCCACAAGGAUGUUCGAGCAGAGAUUCUCUGUUCUGGGUGAGCUUGAUCGUGAGGAUUGGACUCGCAGAGAUUUGUAUCAGUCUCAUGCUAUUCACGAGACAAAUAUGAGCUCCAUUGAAUGGUUGGACUCCGGGACAGAGUUUCCGGACACUACAUACUACCAAGGCGUCGAGUUAGAUGGAGUAGAGUACAAGGUUGGGGACAUCGUCAUGGUGCAUCCAGGCGUCAAUGACAACGUCAAGCAAGUUGCCAACUACGAUGAUUCCAUCACCCAGAAGUGCCACGUCAACGACUUCAAUUUUGGAGAUCCGGAACCAGAAGUGAGCGAUGAGGAGAAUGACUUUCAUGUCAGCAUUUAUUGGGAUGAGGUUAAUUCAAACUUCUUGGCUCUCGACAUCCCGGACGGCCAUCACCCUUGCCGGGUGUGUUGGUGGAGAGACUCACAGCACGUGCAGUCAGAAGAACACCAGAGUUUAUCGAGGAUUCACCCGGGUGACUUCGUUUACCUGAUGCUAUCUUCCGCAUUCCGAAAGUUCGACAUCGGUCAGGUCAUCAGUAUAGACUCUUCAGCCAAACACCUCACAGUGCAGAUGUAUGCACGUUUUGAUGACAUCAAGUCCCGUGCCUCUCGACAUGGUCGCCGUCCAUGCCAUGAGCGUCAGCUCGUUCGGACCUCCAAGCUCAAAUCUGUCUCUUCGUCGACAAUCCAGGGUCAGGCCUAUGUCAUCUACAGUGACAGCUCGGACGCCAAGGAUGUUGCAGACUGGAUUCUUGAUGAUGACCAUUUCUAUGUCUAUCAGUUCUCCGACUCCUCGCCGGUAUCUGAAGACAACUUGGAGACGCUAUCCAAGUCGAUUUUUACCACAACUGUCUGCAGCGAAUGUCACGAUGGGCAUCUUGAGGAGCUAAGGUGCAAAGCUGAUUGCCUCAAGCAAUCUGGCUGUCUUCAAGGCCUGGAGCUGUUUUGUGGUGCAGGAGGUUUGGGUACGGGUCUCGAGAUGUCUGGUUUUGUCGAAACAAAGUGGGCCGCCGAUAUCUCCCCAAGCUCCGCAAAGACGUUCAAGUCAAAUCAUCCCGACGCCACCGUUUACAACCAAUGUACGAGCCUGCUUUUAGAGCAUGCGAUGGCUGUUGCGGACGGCGAUAGCCCCAGACCACUUAAGAGUCUUGGCACCAACGAGACCCUGCCGUCAAUGCCUCAGCCCGGGGAUGUAAACUUCAUUUACGGAGGGCCCCCUUGUCAGCCGUUCAGUAGAAUGAAUAGUCACAAGAAAUCAGAUGACAUUCGAGCUACUCUGGUAGCGAACAUGCUGUCAUAUGUCGAAUUCUAUAGGCCACGGUUCUUCCUGUUGGAGAACGUCCUUGGGAUGUUGGGCCACAAGCUUGAAGAUCAGAUCGGGCGUGAACAAGACAAUCAGCUCAAAGGCCGCCUCCCCAAGGAGCGCUCCAGUGACGAGCAGGAAGACCAAUCAAUCAAAUUCGGCGUCGUCAAGUUCAUCACUCGGUGUUUACUUGCACUCGGAUACCAAAUCCAGUUCAAGAUCUUGAACGCCGGCCAGUAUGGAGCACCUCAAAGUCGCCGGCGCAUUAUCUUCUGGGGUGCUAAGAACGGCGAACUGAUGCCGGCCUUCCCUUUGCCUACACAUUCCUUGCAGAACCCUCUUCAAAAGAGCCUGUUGCCCACGGGAUCAUGGAGCUUGCCGGUGACCUGGGACCAUCAAGGCUUGUGGCUACUCCAAGACAGUGUUUAUGAAGAGGUGACGGGACUACACUCGUGUGCUCCCCUCGACAUGGUGACCAUCGAGGAUGCUAUAGGGGACUUGCCACCCUUCGAUUGGGAGCAUCCUAACCCCACCGAGGACGACAUCGAGGAAUCCGAAGCUCGGCAAGAUAUUGGAAUCUUAGCCUUUCCCGCAGUAAAGACAGAAACAUGUCAGCGCGUUUGUGGUUUUGAGGGACCAGCACACUAUGCCUAUCCUCCCAUGACGAGCUACCAGCAGGCGAUGAGGAGCAAGGGUGCCCCACAAGUCACUUAUCACUACACCACCUUUCACAAACCAACAACCGUUGAGAAAGUACUCCAGAACUUGUCUACUUCGACAGAUGGUCCGCCAAGUUCUUCCACUCCACGGAAAGUAAGGCUUCGAGCCAACUCGCUGUUCAAGACUAUCAUGACAUCAAUGCCGCUGAAUGGUCGACAUGCUGGCUCGUCCAUUCACCCAACCCAAAAACGCGGUCUUUCUAUUCGCGAGGUUGCUCGUGCCCAAGGAUUCCCCGAUCACUAUAAACUCGAAUCAUUCAACCGAGAUUUUAAUAAGCUAGCGGUCAAUCAACUUCGUCAAAUUGGAAACGCAGUUCCAAUACCUCUGUCCCAUGCUCUAGGCAGAUCUCUUGGUGAAACACUGGUUAGGAGGUGGCAAGAGAGUCUUAAGUAUCGCCCACCAAGCCCAGAACUGUGAAGGAUCUGAUUGGAGUGGAUUGUGUAGUAUAUCCACAAGACAUUUUAAAUUUAAUCAAUCCUUGUAAAUACCAUUGAUACCUUGCAUACUUUAUCGACUGUUCAUGUUGACUGUUCAGUUUGAUUGUUCAACUACAUAGUUCCUAUUCUUUACGCAUGCUGCCCAAGUAUAUCUUGUACGCGGGUCAUUUUGCUGUCAUUGCCUGUGCCUGGAGCGACCUCGCGAUCAACUCGAGUGCCAAUGCGAAUAUCAGUAGCGAUGCGGGGAGCGCCCUUAGCAUGGACGGCGGCGUGGCAGUCUUGAAUGGCUUUGCAGACUUCGGUCCAGUUUCCUUCAAUGUUUGUACCGUAACCGUGCAUUUUGAAUGUUAGUCCUGAUUUCUCCAGGACUCGGUGACAUUCCGCGAUAUGUUCAGCAACAGACGACUCUCCGGUGCCCAUAGGAAUGAGGCAGAAGUCUGCGACUGCAUAGAGUUCCUGGGAGGACGAGGAAGACAUAACUUAUGUGUCGAUGAUGCAAGAGCAAGUGUGAGAGGC